CUUUCAUCUCUUUCUUCUCUUGCGUCUCUACUCUUUCUCAUUCAUGCAUUCAUAGCUUUGAACAGCAAUAACAAGCAAAUAUGGACCCGGCAGAACAGAGGGCAAAUGCAGUUGCCAUGCUUCGACGCGCCGCGUCACUUCCCCGCAUGAAGGACGGCCGGAGACCUCCCAUGCACGGCGAGGCCGGUGGUGUCAGCGAAGGCGAGCGAAGUCAUAGCAGGGAAAAGACAGAUAUCGGCUCAAGGGACGAACAGAAACCAGUCGAGCUAGCUACCUCAGUCGCGCCAGCAACGUCCUUAGAACCAGAGUCUGCCCGCGAUCCAGAGCCCGUCGCGGCCACAGCAGACGAGAAAGAUGGAGACGAUGCGACCGAUGCCGCGCAGGAGAUAUCAGAACCAGAGAGACCGACGUCGACGACGCCUGAUAAACCUUCCAAACGACGUUCCCGCUCCCGGUCGCGUUCGCGCGGCUCAAGGGACAUGCGUGCCAAAAUGCGUCAACUCGAGAUCGCAUCCCAAGCAGAGGCGUCAACAUCAUCAGUAGCAGGUGCCAUCCCGGGCAUGGAGGACAUACCACCGAUUAGCUCGCCUUCGCCCCAGCUGACCUCUCCGCAGGCGUAUCUCAUGCAACUCCAAAUGGCUGCAGCCGCCGCUCAAGCACCCCAACUCCUCUCUCCGCUCUCUCCAUUCGGCUAUGCCGCCGCCUUACCAGCGGGAGGCGCUGGCAUGGCGGGGAUGCCAAGCCUUCAGGCACUACAGACACGGCAUUUACAAGGGUUGUUCCGAUCAAACAGUGCCGCGGCGCGCUUAAACGCAUUGAAGAAGCUCACUGGUGAAGUUGAUACAGAAUCUGGUCCUGCAUCGGCUUCACCCGCUCCCGGUCCAAGCCCUAGUCCUAGCCCAGGGCCUGUCAAACGAGGGCUCACGCGGAAUAACACUGUUGCAGGUGAAGAACGUGUUGCUGCGCGCCAGCAAUUACUCCGCAGACUGAAUGAAGGGAUACGAGAACGCGGAGACAUCGACUUAACAUCGACUUCGGGCACCGAAGAUGCCUCAUCUGGUACGCAAACCCCGAAGAGUAGGAGAAGACGCUCUCGCAGGAAGAGUGGAUCUGCUGUUGUCGAUGACCGGGAUGGAACGAACGCAGCCAGUGUACUCGCACUAAAAGAAGUGUGGCCUCCACUCAUUCCACCUCCUGCCUCCCGUACACCAAGUGUGCCACCUGAACGACAACAGGUUACGCCAAGUCCUGGCCCGCCGUCUGCACCACGAAGUCAGACGUCUACACCAUUAUUCCAGAUACGCCAAUACGAUUCGCCCAUGGCAGACCGCGGACCAGUCGUAGAAGAGGAAGACGACGAUCCUCUUCCUACACCUCCACGGGUCUCUCGUCAACCAAUCCCGGGCGCUUCAGCAACCACGACUGCUUCUGUAUCUUCGUCGUCUGGUGACGCGGGCAGUGCACCAGGUGAUAGGGUCCCAGUGGUAUUAAGUGACCCCUCCCAGCGAAGUCCGUUUCGCCAGGACGUCUUCCCGAAAAGCCCCUUUGAACGACCACGGGAAGAGCCCGAUGAAGAACAGGAACGUGUGUUAUAUGGCGGGGAUACUACCCGUGCACGAAACAAGGCAGCGGACGACUUAUUGGAACGUGAGAUUAGUUGGGUUGCAGAACCAGUACCGACUGUCGCGGAUAACGCAUUUGAGGGGAGCGAAAGGGAGAUCAGCUGGAAUGCGGAAGCAGUUCCUGAAGUAGCUCAUUUCAACAGAAAGGUUGACCGCGACGUUAGCUGGGUCGAGCAAGGCACUCUGGAUAGCAGAAUGCCGGUUUAUGAUGAAGACGAGGAUGAUGAGAACGAUGACGAGGUGAAGGCAUCUCCGGCCGUCGCUGCUCAGUCGACUUCCCGUCAGCAAUCUGCUCGACCUUCACCACGAACAGCUGGUGAAUCUCAGGAACUUCUUAUAGACCUGGAGACGACACCAGACCAUACACCCUCAGAUCUUUCGACCAAGUCCAAGCAUUCCACUGCAUCCACUGCGACGAGGGCCGACAACACGCGUGAAAGCAACGUCUCUGACAUGUCUGUCAUCUCUGCACAUCGUUUAGAUACCUCAUCCCCGCUCGAUCGCACGCACUCACAAGCAGACUCGAUCGUUGCAGGCUGGCACGAUUUUCCAAAUGUGUCAACAGACACAAGUGCUCCUCCAUUGACGUCAAAGCGCUCUGCAGAUAGUACAGGAGGAGGGACGAGCACGUGGAGUAAAAUGAAGCAAACAUUCGCGCGGAGUGGUUCUAGUCUCGGCCGGCGUUCACGUACAAAUAGUAUCGCACGCGAGAAGCGCGGAGAUACAGAGUCCAGCCGUGAAAGUGGUGCUAGCCUUAUCAGUGGGAAACGCGAAUCAAAGGGUGAUGGUCAGUGGCAACAACAGCAGCAAGGAGGACAAACGCAGGCGCAUGGAGGACAAGGACAACGGGCUCCGUCACCUGGAGCACCUGGUAUGAUGCUCGCGCCGCUCCCCCCACCUCGUACAGGUGUCUCACCGAUUCCGCCGCCCUCGGAUUCAGAUGCAACGAAGUACCGUAAUCCGAAGCUUUUCCCCUUCCCUGGUGUCGUAAAACUUCAAGAAGAGGCAUUGCGAAGUAAGGCUGCAGGCGCCAACGUGGGACUAUCUGCGUCCUCGCCUGAUAUUUCUAUGCAGACAGGUGUGGGUGCAGAUGGUAGCCUUCUUAUGCGUAGUGCGAACUCGAGUGUAUCGAGUCAGCAUAUGGAGGUCGCUGUGCGCGAUAGGAAGUUAUCUCAUCAGGCGUCGGAUAGCCAAUUGCUAAGUAGAUAUCAGCUUAUGCCUGGGCCUGGUACGAUUUCAGGCGCGCCAUCUUCGGGUGGCGCUCAGAUCGAUUACUUCGCUAUCCCACAGCCACCUCCGUCUUCGAACGUUUCAAGUACUCUGCCCUUUACGAGAGAAGGCGUGAAGAAAUGGCUCAAUGCGCGUCUUUUCCCAAGUAAUUCCCAGCAGGGCGGGCAUGCCCCGACGCCAUCGCCAGGCAUCAAACCGCGUGCGGAGACGGUGAAGAAGCCGUCACUUUCUGACUUGUUGGGCCGAAGUGGGAAUAUCAGUGACUUGGAAGAUAUCGAUAAAACUCGUGCUGCGACAAGUGCGAGUACGAGCACCGUGGUAGCACAGUCGUCUUCUGCGAAUACGUCGCGAGAAGGAGAGAUACAGGAGUCAUCGCCUGAUGACCCAAUGCAGGCGUAUCAAUUUGCGAAUGCUUUCCCACAUGCACCUGAACCAGAUACAGAUGCUGUUGUCGACGCUUACGACCCACACGAGCCGCACGAAUCGCGUCAUUUAUCCGCCCCUUUAUCGUCUUCACAUGACCCAUCGUCUGCAACGCCCGAUCCCGCCUCUUCAGAGGAAUCUCCUUCGCAUUCUUCACAGCGUUCUGCGUCGUCACUGGAUUCUCUGUUCAUGCCGGAGGAAACACCCCCGGAAGCGACGCCGCAAGCUGUGGAUAUCCUACAACGGCUCGACCAAGUCUUACAUGCGGAUUAUCAUAAUCGACUCUGGUCAUCUGCACUCAACUCUCCUCCACGGAGGUUACUCCUAUCUUCACCAAUGCUACAGGUCGCAAACUGCAAUACAGUCAAAGAUCGGUUCUUAUUCCUCUUCACUGAUUUACUCGUCAUUGCGAAGCCUAUGCUUCCUGACCGAGAUUCGCUCGUCGAUCCACAGAAGGUAUACCCUCCUGAUAGGAAGUUCUUCAUCAAGAACGUCGUGCAUCUGAAGGAUAUCAAACUUAACGUUGAUCGGGAGGAGGACACACGUCGACCGACGAGUGCGCUUAUUUCACAACGACCCGAGUUCAUUCGGAAAUUUGUACAGGAGUUUGCGGAGGAUCCCGAUCCAGCUGUGUCGAAGUUAGUUGACUUACGCGACCCAAAGGGGCAUAUUACGUUGGGACGGCUCUUGGUCCAGCUUCCGGAAAUCGACCGUGCGAAGUUGGGAGAGUACCUUUCUAGACGUACGUCUAAAGUCGUCUUGAAAGCUUAUCUCGAUGCGUUCGGGUUCACUGGGAUCAACAUCGAAGCGGCGUUACGCAUUUUCCUACUUUCGAUACAUAUUCCUUCUGGUUCGGGCCACGCGAACACACUUGAGACGUUACUCGAUAUGUUCGCUGGACGGUGGUAUGAGGCAAACGCAGGGAUUGUUGCGUUUGAUAGAGACUUAGCUCUACGACUUGUACGAGCGAUCGUCCGACUGAACGAGGCUCUCCACGCUGCUAUAUCGCAUGACUUGAGCUCUCUGCAUUACAGUCGACCGCACGUCACCGCACGCGAUUUCACCGAGGCUUUCAGAAGGCAUGAUCCAAGACUACUUGUCCCUGAUAGUACACUGGAGAAGAUCUAUACUUCUGUACGCCACGAGAAACUAUGUCAAGCUCGAAACCCGACGAACGGUCGUGCGCCCUUACCAAUCUCCUUAAAACGUCCUGUCCCAUCACGUGUAACCUACCGUCGACAAUCCGAACCUAUCGUCGUUCGUAUCCCACAAAUUGAUCCUCUUCUAACAAUUCAGCUCUUCGGACAAGACCUAACGUUCGACCCACCCGUCUUAACGUUCGCGAAAUCAACAGAGUCCUCCUUCCGCGUAACGGGCUCUGCAUUUGGUUCCAAAACGAUGGUAAUGUCAUGUGCAGGCCCCAACGCACCGAAUUACAGCGGGAUGCCACUCAGCACGAACAUAGCAGUCGAACGUGCCUUCAUGCGUAACACUUUCCAAUUAGCGUUCAUCGACGUCCAGGGGAAGAAACGGAAAUAUAUGUUUAGCGUGGACGAUCCUGUUAUCCGACAUGAAUGGACUGGGUCUUUGAAAAGGCAGAUUGAGGCUGCGAGGAUUGGUUCGGCGCCUGGGUUGGAGACACCUCCUCCUGGGACCGGGAGCGCACAGAUGCAGGUGUAUCGGGCUGCGGAGUUGUUGUCGUUUAGUGUCUUGCAGGAUACGUUACUCGCUCAAGCUCAAGACGCGAAUAAUACUGGUGGUGGUGGUGCUGUGGGUUCGGUGAAUGGAACUGUGAGGAGGACGCCGAAGCAGGGAUGGGUAUCUCCUUUUGCAGGCGCAGAUACGGCGCGAGAACAAGAGAAUAUGCAUAUGCGUUCACGUUCACGAAGUCAGAUCUAUAGACACGGAGCAGGUCGACACGAAUACGAACCACCACUUAAUGGGAAUACACCUGGUAGUACCCUCCCCGAGGAUCGACCACCAAGCGACCUCGACCUCCUUGGCGACAGCCCAGUUCCCGGACCAACUGUCAGUGCUCCUGAAGCGAACGCACGUCUGUGGACAGGAGCAGAGUUAGAACUCGUGUGUCAGCAGAACAGCGCGAUCGCACUUGUGUUGAGCUUUUUGCAGGCGGCGUUGCCGUUUGAUGUUGAAGAGGAUGCUGCCGCGAAUAAUUUGAAUAAUGGUGGGGUUAAUAAUGGGAUGAAUGGACCUGUUGGGAAUGUGUUUGCGCCUCAAUCUGUUCAGCGGAACUUGUCUCAGUCGUCUGCGUAUCAGAUUUGAUUAUUCUCUCGCUCAUAUCUAACUCCCUCAUGCUCCCUCCCCGUCGCUAUUCUUCAUAUGUUCCUUGACUCCAUCUGGAUCUAUAUAAUCCUAUUUCGCUCUCCUGUCCUCAAUAUCCAUAACGUACAUACAUGCAUACAUUACUCUGUUGUUCACGUAUUUACAUGUGUUGCUUGUAGUAGUCUCUUUCUCUUUCUUAGUUUUUACCUGCUCUACUGUCGUCAUUGUCGUUGCACGUAGUCUCCAUGCUCAUGCUGUCUUAUAGUCAACCUCAGUUCAGUUUGCGUAUAUCUUCUGUCCU